GCCGUUGGAGAGACAACGUCACGUGACCCCCCGUGCCAAAUGGUCUUCCGGCAGCAGCUCUCAGCAAGGACCGGAGCACGCCAAGACGCCGCCACCUCUCUCAGAAAUGCAGAAGACAACAUACUACGACAACUCCUCUGCGCUCUUCGGUGGCUACUCCUCCUACCAGGUGCAGGGGGGCGGCGGCGGCGGCGGCGCGGCAGCAGCGGCCUCCAACGGCUUCGGGGGCUACGAUGCACCGGUCCCAGUGUCCCACCACCAGCCGGCCUUCCAGUCGGCGGCCCACCUGGACGUGGAUUCGUACCAGCGCUCGGCCUGCUCGCUACAGUCGCUGGGGAGUAACAGCGGCCACCAUCAGCAGCAGCAGCAGCAGCAGCUCGCCAAGAACAAGGAGCUGAACGGCAGCUGCAUGCGGCCCAGCCUGCCCCCCGAGCACUGCCCAGGCUCCCAGGUGUCCCCUCCGCUGCCCCCCAACCCGAGCAACGGCAAUAACGGGGCCCAGCAGCCGGGGGGCGCCGCCGGGGCCUCCUCUGUCUCCAAAGCAGGCCCCAAUAAGUCGUCCAACUCGUCCUCCUCCAUAUCGUCCUCCACGUCGUCGUCGUCCUCCUCCUCGCUGCCCCCCAACCCCACUGUGGCCAAGCAUAUCUUCCCCUGGAUGAAAGAGUGUCGACAGGCGACCAAGCAGAAAAACUGUUCGCCCAGCAACAACUCUGGCAACGCGUCAGGAGGAGCGGAGAGUGGCAGCAGCGGUGAGAAGAGUCCCACCGGCGGUUCGUCGGCGUCGUCCAAGCGCGCCCGCACGGCAUACACCAGCGCCCAGCUGGUGGAGCUGGAGAAGGAGUUCCACUUCAACAGGUACCUGUGUCGGCCACGCCGCGUGGAGAUGGCCAACCUGCUCAACCUGUCCGAACGCCAGAUCAAGAUCUGGUUCCAGAACCGCCGCAUGAAGUACAAGAAGGACCAGAAGUCCAAAGGCUUGAGCUCCAGUUCCGGGGGGCCCUCGCCGACCAGCUCGCCGACCCUGACCAUGCAGUCCUCCGCCAGCUUCCUCAACUCCAUGCACCCCAUGGGAGGGGGAGUCGGGCCCGGCUACGACGUCCCUUCUCCGCCGUCCUUCGGCAAGCCCCACCAGUCUUACUCCAUGUCCACCGCCUACUCCAACGUCCCCAUGAAGGGCUGUCCCCCCCAACAGAAGUACGGCGCCCCUGACCCGGACUACGGUGACCCCCAUCCUCACCACGGCCUAGUGCAGGCAAACAACGCUGGAUACGGGACUCCCACCAACAUGCAGGCCAGUCCGGUCUACGUGGGGGGUGGCAGCUAUGUGGAACCCAUGCCCGGCUCAGGGCCCUCCAUGUACGGGCUAAACCACCUCGGCCCCACUCCUCCCCACCACCAAACCAUGGACUACAACGGCGCGGGGCCUAUGUCGGGCGCCAACCAGCACCACGUGGGUGGAGGGGGCCCCCCGGGCCCCUGCGACCCUCCAACGCACCCGACGUACACCGAGCUGUCGGCGCACCACACCUCGACUCAGGGCAGAAUCCAGGAAGCACCCAAGCUCACUCACCUGUAGCAGGUUAGGAAAAACAAACGACAACGUAGGAAGUAGUGAAGACGACACACAGACGCGACUCACUAACAGACUCACUAACACGCUGCGACGGGACGGCAGGAGACAGACAGGGGCCACUAAGGGGAGUAGUCCAGCCCCCCUGUUUCCACUGCCUUCUCAUGAGGGCUAAGCGUUCACUGUUCCCUUUAAAGUGCAGCUAAUUUGAUUUAUUUAAGAUUCUCUUACGUGAAGCAGCACGAGCACAAAGCAUUCAUGCUGCUAGAAGAGUAAACAAAAGGCGCUCUGCAAUGUUGACGACCAUUUCCAAAUAUUUUUUUAAAGCCGGGACCAAACUUACUGACGUGCGUCUUCGUACGGGGAAUUAUUUUCUCUCACACAAGCCUUUUUAGAGCAAUUUACACACUCGUGGGUGUCCCAGGUGCAGCGAAGCAUAUUGUAGGCGCGG